AUGACGACAGGUGUAGCAGCCUGCACAGUGUGCUGUGCUCUCAGGCAGGUGUGUUGUCACACAGACGCCACGUAUUUCACGCUGGCCAAUGAAGAGUUCCAGUGCCACUGUUCGAGCGUGGAGUGCGACAAAGGUCAAUGCCCUUUUGACACGUGUCACGUGGACUGGGUCGGACCGUUCUGUCAGUAUAGAAACGUGGCCACCGAAGCCAGGGGAAUUCCCUAUGACGUCACAGACAAGGGUGACGACACGUGUGUAGACGUCACCGGCUCGCCCCUGCUCAUCCAACUGGAGAGGUUCGAACCCUUAGCCUGGCUCCGUCUCCGUCUGAAAGAGUCAGCUACAUACAGCUACAUGACCUUGAAGCUACACACCAGUAGUGGGGAGGUCUUGUGUGACCAGCUGAGGACACACUCCAUCACCGACCUCCUGCAAGACGUCACGUGUGGCCCUGACCUUCUCUAUGUCAAGGCCAUCGAGCUCACCUGGACCGGAAGUCAAAUUUGUUCCAUUUACAUCGUGAAAGGGAGGAACCUGGCGGUCAAGCAGAAGACCUCAAUGUCUGUGCAGUCUCAGGGUCGGGGCGUGUCAGCCCGUGCGGUGGACGGGGAGUGGGGGGUGGGGGCCGAGUGCGUCAACACCAGCGGUCACGUGGGGUUGAACCACUGGCAGGUGCUCUUUUCGGGGAAUGCCCGGAUCGUGCAUGACGUCAUCAUACACACGUCACGAGGUGUUGACGUCAUGAAAACCUUCACCUUGGAGGCGCUGGACAGGCAGAUGGCCGUGACCUAUAAACACAGUGUGGGCUCCACAGGUCACGUGACCAGGGUACUGACCGGAAGCUCUGAGCCGGUUGCCGGUCUCCGGUUAUCCGUCAAUCAAGUGACCGGAACUUACCUGGAUAUUUGUGAAGUUUUGGCCUUUGGAGACUGUGCCCCACCCUACUACGGGCUGGAGUGUCGGACCGUCUGCGACUCACGGUGUCCUGACCGCAUGUGUCACAUCAACGGGGAGUGUCUGGCCUGCCCGCGGGGGAGGGCUGGGCCGUUUUGUCAGCGAUAUGUCAGCUGGAGGGACCCGGAAGAGCCGAGAGAGAGCGGCUACAAUUUUCUCAGCAUCGCCUUUAUCCCGCUCGGCAUGGCCUCGUUCUAUUGCUGCUUGAUUGUGUGUAAAUACGUCAUGGUUCGGCGUCAGAAGGGCGGUGACGUCAUUGGCACUUACAGUAGGUUGAGGCGGAAUACAGGAUGUGGCAGUGUGGGUGUGGCCGUGUCUAUCAAGGCUUGUGGCCCGGACUUCCCCUUCCGGUAUGUCGGAAGUCCGGACUUCUCCUUCCGGUAUGUCGGAAGCCCGGACAUCCCCUUCCGGGAUGUCGGAAACCGUUACAAAAAGCGUUACGACUAUGACCAGCGGCGUGACGGACGAGGGCGGGACGGAUGUGGACGUGGCAACAAGUGCCGCUAG